GACUCAACGGGGUUCAUUUAGGGUUGGGAAGUGUUGAUGCAUUCCUCUUCACGUGCUUCGUUUACCACUCGAGGUGAUAUCCGACGACAAGUAGAGGGGUUCUCUGCAAGUGGAGAAAGAAAUAAAGACACUGUAGUUGACUUGUCCACGUUUUUUGCGGAACGUGGAUACUCUAAUAACCAAGCACCAACGAAGUAUUGGGAAGAGAAACUUGUCACUAUUGGCAACGUAGUGGUUCCCAAAUGGGUUCCGGUUAAAGAACGUAACUCCAGUAAUAAACAAAAGGAAGGAGAAGAUGAAGUUUUUAUUGGUUUCGAAGCCAUAUAUUAUCCUGAACAACCACCCGAAAGGCAACCCAUUACGUUGUACCAAGAAGAAAACAAAGUUGAAGAGGAAGAGCAAAGCAGAGAAUGAAGACAAACUGACUUUCCGUUUGAUGAUGUGUUGUUGAAUAUCUUCUACCCUUGUGGGCUUGUAUGGUCGAUGGACUAGUGGAACAAGGAAGAGAAAAGGAGUAAAAUCGCUUUAUUCGAGAGGUUAAUUGACCAGUGGAGAUAGAGUAUGAGAUAUUCUUAUUAUAUGUGUCAAGAAAGCAAGAUCCAUUCCAAGUAACUUGUAGACUUCACAUAAUUGUUUGAUAGUUGCAGUGGAGAAUAAAUUUACUGGAAACUUUUUUCAUCCCUUGUGAGAAAAGUGUCUCAAAAAGUGGUGUGGGUUGGCCAGUGGAGGGCCUUCUUCCUAUUUG